AACAGAAUUAAUUUAAGCAUGUUUGAUGGGUGUGUGACAUUUGUUCUAUCUAACCAAUAGACAUUUCGUUUAGAUUAUAAAAAUAAUAAAAGGACUGUUGAACAGAAGACGUUCGCUGGUCGAGUGUUUUCAUGAGAAAAAUGAAAUUUGUAAAAUCGUAAUGAAAGUUCGGGACAUCCAGAAAUCACACGAGUUUCGGGAAGCGGUUAAGAUAUGGGGAGACCCGUUCAGUCGCAGGCGAAUAUUUAUCGCUCCGCCAAUGCAUACAGCCAAAGAAAAAGACAUCGACUUAUCAAUACUGAGAAGUACGAAGGCGGUUGAAGAAAACGAUCAAAACACGAUUUGUAUUGUCGAAAAGGAUAUCGAUUUGUAUCGAAAAGAGCGCGAUGAUUUUAAAACGUGGAUUGCAGAGCGGAAAACGUUAAGACACGAUAUAAACACGAUGGGAUUCAAUUCAUCUUGGUACCGUGGCAAACCCAAGAAAACGGAAUCGGAAAUUCGCGUGUAUGAACAAGUAACAAAGCCAGCCAACAACGACUUCAGAACAGAAAAUCGUGCAUCUCAUGAAAAGCGCAGGAUUUCGUCCGGUCAUAUUCACAUGCUGCCCCUAUUGAAAAAUCCUCUACCAAUCGCAUUGGCUAUCAUCGCAGAUUACAUACAUAGCCAACGGAUACGAUUGGUGGAUUUAUUUUCGAACGUUGAUAAGAACAAAGAUUGGAUGGUGUCACGUGACGAAUUAAGGAACGCACUGAAGUAUGCAAAUCUCCCGCUGACAGAUGCGCAAUUGGACGAACUCAUCUUGGUUCUGGACGGUGAUAGCGACGGACUUAUAAACUAUCAAGAAUUAUCUAAGGCUAUCGAAACUUAUUACAAAGAUAGACGCUGGCAAAAGUUGAAAGAAAUUUACGACAAUGAAGUCGAUGCGAGUCGAGCUAGCGACAACGUCGAUCCGACAAGUGGUGGUAACUGUGUUGCUUUGCUUCAAUUUCCCGCGUUAGAUUAUCGCGAACAAACACCGGAACUAAUCUCGCGUCAACGUUCUCGUGAAAAACGGUUGCGUAAACAACAAGAACGCAAGGAACGACAACGCGCGAAAAUGAAAUUUACCGCAGUGACGAAAGAGAAGCUUGUUACGACACUAUCAGGGCCUAUUGCCGAGCGUAAACUUCGUUACCUUGAACACAUCAACAUAGAAUGUGAACGCUGCAUCGAUCUCCUUCAUUCAGCUGGCUUGAAUGUGAAAGCUUCUGCUCUUAAAAAGGUAUUGGUACCACCAAACGAAAGCUCCGUAAAUUCGUGCGUAAAUCGAUUGGGAGCUAAUCGUAGCAUUUUUCCAAAAAAUCACCCGUUAAUCGUCGAUUACAACAGAAGGCAAAGAAAUAAAACUCGAAACUCAUCCCGUUCUCAGUCCAAUUCGAACAGUGAUAACACUCCUUCACAGUGUAGCAAAAAUGCGGAGUUACCCCGUGUUGCUACGAUUGAUUUUAAAGGUCGCAACAAAGAAGCGCGAAGGCUACGACAACGGCGUCAAUGCACAAGUCCAACUGUUUUCUGGCCACAACAUUUGUUAGAUAAACUAUCUAUUUGUAUGGACGAUUGUGGAAGUAAAGAUGGUGCCUUGGCUGUGUUUAGUAGGGUUAGAUAAUAUUUUCCAUCUCUGUGUUAGUGUUUUAAUUAGUAGCGAUAGAAUUUAACAUUUUUAAAUAAAAAACAGGUGAAUGCUAA